GGGUUAUAAAUGCCUGAAACCCUCCACUCGGUCCAGAGAGGGACACAAGAGGGCCAACGCCUCUGUGCUGCCAGAUAAAGGGUCAUAUACUGUGCGCUGCCUUUCCACAGAAAACAUCUACGACUGUUACUGCUCAUCAGUCAUCACUCCUCAGCAAGGCAGAGAGUAUUAGCAACGGGCGAUCAGCAGAGAGGCUGCCAUCAAGGGAUCAGCCAUGCUCGGAGGAGUCCACACAAAUUUGUUGGUCACGUUGACUUUACUCUUCCUCUCUCAGACGGGGACUCUGUGCAGAGCUGAAAACAACUUUACAUCGGUUCCUUUACCCGAGUGGAGGACAAAUGCAGAGUAUGUUACACAAUGUUCCUACGACAGAGAGAACAACCAGAUCUGUGACUGGACGAGAAACCAACAAAUAGGAGUGGAUGUUGCAGUGAGUUUUUUCGAGAGUGGUCCGCUGAGGCUGGAGGGCGAGGCCUGUCUGGAGUUUUGGUACCAGAACCAAGUCACAAAUAAUGGGUCUGAACUAAGAGCUUUCCUGAAAAGCAGCGACGGACUGGAAGAACUCUGGACCUCUCCUGUCCUCCACAGAAAUUCGUGGAUACAAGUAUUUGUCCCCCUGAAAACCGUGAAACAGGAGUCUCGGGUUGUACUUGAAGCAGUGGCCAAGGAAGGACGGAUCACAAUUAACAGGAUAGGUGUAAGAAGAGGCUCAUGUGGACCCCAGUGUGAAUCUAACACAGAGUUAUGGACGGAUGAGUCCACCCGCUGCCUCUGCUCUGAGGGCCAGCUCUCCUGCUCUCCCUCUCCGUGCCCACAAGGCCAAAUCUGUGGUCCUCAUAGAGAAGGAUCCAGAGGGAUUUCCACCACUGGGACGUGCACAAUACACAGUCACACAGACUGCAGCACUUUUGAUGGAGUGCUGUUCCGCUUCAUGGCCCCAUGCACCUACAUACUGGCUAAGACCUGCUCGCCCACUGGGGCCAUGCCCAUGUUCAGUGUGGAAGUGGUCAAUGAGCAGAACGGGAACUCAUCUCUGCCAGCCAUUCAGCAGGUCAAUGUGGACACAGGGAACAUCAGAGUGUCUCUAUUGAAAAGACAGACGCACCGGGUCGUGGUGAAUGGGGUCUGGAGGAAGCUUCCGCUGAGCCUCGGCAGUGGCACUGUCAACAUCAAGAGUAACCCUGCUUCCGUUGUCCUGGGAACCAGUUUCGGUCUGAUCGUUUCAUUUGACAGCACUGGGGCUAUUAAUGUUAUUCUGCCAUCCACAUAUUCAGAUGAGGCCUGUGGCUUGUGUGGCAACUUUAACGACAUCAGGGAAGAUGACCUCCGCAAGCCUGAUGGUACAAACGCCCAAGAUGCUACGGCUUUGGCUCAGAGCUGGCAGACUGGGCAGAGCACCUCCUCCUGUAAAACUAUUCUAGUCCCUCAUCAGUGUGACCCACAGGAGGAGGCCAAGUACACUAGUGAGUUGUACUGCGGCGGCCUCCUCUCCAGCACUGGGCCCUUUGCUGACUGCCAAUCCGUUCUGGAGGCAGAGAGUUACUUCAGGGGCUGCAUGGUCGGCAUGUGCUCUGCUCAUGGGGACCCAGCAGUGCUAUGUGAGACAUUACAGGUCUACAGCGAUAUCUGCAAGGAGGCUGGAGUCGCUGUACCAAUGUGGAGGAACUCCACAUUCUGCCCCCUUCAGUGUGCUGAGAACAGCCAUUAUAACUCAUGUGCUGAUGGCUGUCCAGAGGUGUGCUCCAGUCUGGAUUCAACUGGCUCUUGUGGAAGCUGUGAGGAGCGAUGCGAGUGCGACUCUGGCUUCAAACUCAGUGGGGGGAAGUGUGUCCCAGCAGAGGACUGUGGGUGCUGGAACAGUGGGAAACACUAUAAGAAAGGAGCAACAUUUGUGGAAGGAGAGUGCGAGCAGCAGUGUGAAUGUAUGGGUAAUAAUUAUCUGUGGUGCACCUCAAUGCAAUGUGCAGACACAGAGGUUUGUAAGGUCGAGGACGGGGUCAAAGACUGCUUCCCGUUCAAACCUGCCACCUGUAGGGUGUAUGGCGAUCCCCAUUACAUCACUUUUGACAGGUUGGCUUAUGACUUUCAAGGAGGCUGCAGUUAUACUCUGACUACAACAUGCGGAGAUGAAAGCUCGGUCCAGUUCACUGUUAUUGGACACAACAUGCAUCCUCCCCUUCAGAACUUGACCCGGUCCAAGCUGGAGGCUGUUACUCUACAGGUGGAAGAUUUUUCCCUCACCCUUAAUCAAAGUGGAGAGGUCCUUGUAAAUAACAGCCGUGUCCAACUCCCCUAUGUAACCGAUGGAACCUACGGCUCAAUGCGGGUCUACAUGAAGAAUAAUUAUAUUGCUCUGGAGGCGGACUUUGGCCUCCGUCUACUGGUAGAUGGGCAAAGCAGACUGUUUGUGCAGGUGGAUGAGCGCUUCAAGUACGAGCUGUGUGGACUGUGUGGCACCUUCUCCGAAUAUCAGGACGAUGACUUCAUAACCCCAGGAGGCCAAAACGUUACAGAGCCAUUUGAGUUUGGUGACAGCUGGAGGGUGCCAAACCAGAAUGAGUGUACUGUCCAUCCAAAUGACCCGAGAAUCUGUGAUUAUGAUGAAGAGAAUGAUGCCUACAAUGAGUGUAACACACUACUGAGGGAUACCUUCAAUCCCUGCCAUGAAAUUGUUCACCCAAACAUCUACCUGAAUAGUUGUGUGUACGACUAUUGUGCCACAAAUGGGGACCAAUACACCUUAUGUGAAUCUCUCAAGUCCUAUGCAACAGCAUGCCAGGUUGCUGGAGUGGAGCUGCCCUUCUGGCAGACAGACACAGCUUGUGCAGAGCCUCCAACCACUUCAACCACUCCAACAACCACAACCUCUCCAACACCAGAUCAGACUUUCUGUCCUAUGAAUUGUGACUUUGAAAAAAAUCUGUGUGGAUGGGAGCAGCUCAUACAGGACAGUUUUGAUUGGACAAGACAUUCAGGACCCACCCCCUCAAAACUAACUGGGCCACUCAAGGACCACACCACUGGAGCUGGCUUCUACAUAUACAUUGAGGGAGACAGUGUCUUCCAUGGAGACUCAGCCCGUCUGAUGAGUCCAAAGUGUCAUUACAAUGGCCCACUCUGUCUGCACUUCUGGUAUCAUAUGUUUGGUUCAGCCAGAGCAAUGGCCAUCAAUAUCUACCUGCUCAAAGACAACAAAGCUACCAAGCUGUGGUCCAUGAUGAACAACCAGGGACCAACAUGGCAUCCAGGAAAUGUUGACAUCCGUGUUUCUGGUCCUUUCCAAAUAAUCGUAGAGGGAAUCCGAGGCUCUGAUGCACGGUCGGAUGUGGCCAUAGAUGAUGUUUCCAUCCACUUUGGCUCAUGCUCAGGCAGAUUCCCUGGCCUGGUUGCUGGAACUGAGCUUCCUUCAUCAAAUGUGGGAGUCCUCCCAUCCCACCCAGUCUGUAACCUCGGCUGUAGCUUUGACAACAAUCUUUGUAGCUGGAAUCAGCUGCUUACUGAUGUUUUUGACUGGACUUGGCAGAAUGGUACCACACCCACCCUGAUGACAGGGCCCUCUACUGACCACACUGGUGAUGGUCACUACCUGUACAUUGAGGCCAACAGUGCAACUUGGGGAGAUACAGCUCGCCUCCUCAGCUCUGAGUGUUCUGACAGUGGUCCUCAGUGUCUGCAGUUCUGGUACCAUAUGUAUGGCUCAGCACAUACAAUGGGCCUCCAUGUUUACCUGCUCCAAGACCGACUGGCUGAGGGUGUCUGGUGGAAGAGGAAUGACCAAGGAAAUAUGUGGCACCUCGCUCAGGUGGACUUAACUACAACUGAAACUUUCCAGAUCAUUUUUGAAGGGCGAAGAGGUUCCACUGAUCAGUCUGAUGUGGCCAUAGAUGAUAUAUCAAUUCAUCGUGGACGCUGUGCAGAUUUGACUAAACCCACAACCCCUGCUCCUGAGGUCCCUUCCACACAACAACCCACAAAAACGUCAUCAAAACCACAACCACCAUCAACAACUACAGUUACAACAACAACCACAACAACUUCAAAUCCUGAUGUCCCAAUGACCACAAGACCUGAUGUUCCAACAACAACAAGACCACGGCUACCAAUAACAUCAAGGCCAACAACAACAGCUGCAACUGGACCAAAAACCACAGCUAGAACACACCCACAAACCUCAGAAGACCCAGAAGUUGGAACUCCAGAACAGCCAGUAUCUGAAACCACAGCAAGACCACAGCCUUCAACCACGACUACAACCACAGCUAGACCACAACCACAAACCACAGAGUCACAAAUAACAAAUAGACCACAAACUCCAACCGCUACAUCACAACCACAAACAGUUAUACCUCAACUAACAACCACAGUUCCACCACAGCCUCCAACCACAAUGCAGCCAAAACCACCAACAACAGCUCCGUCUGAGUCACAAACAAAAAGCACUUUACAUCCUUCAACCACUACAGCUAAACCACAACCUCCAACAACAACUUCACCAAAACCUCAGAACACAACUCUACUUGAGUCACAAACAACACGCACACAUCAAACUCAAACCACUACACUGAAACCACAAACUCUAACCACUACAGCGAAACCACAAACUCAAACCACUACAGCGAAACCAGAAACUCAAACCACUACAGUGAAACCACAAACUCAAACCACCACAGCGAAACCACAAACUCAAACCACUUCAGCUAGGCCACUACCUCCAACCACAAUGCAGCCACAAACUUCAACCACUACUCUACCACAGCCAUUAACAACAACUAAACUGCAACCUCCAACCACAGCUAGACCCCAACCACCAACUGAAACACACACAUCAAGUACAGCACAACAAUCAACCACAGGUAAACCCCAACCCACAACAGCUAUACCACAAUCCACAACAACACUGAGACCAAAACCCACAACAACAGCUGGAAUCCAACCCACCACAACCCUUAAACCACAUCCACCAACUGAAAGACCUCAGACUACAGUUACACCACAAUCUACAACCACUGCUCGACCAAAACCACCAACUACAGCUGUACCAACACCAUCUUGCCCACAGAACAGUCAUUACACCACUUGCAUCCCUGCCUGCAGUCCAACCUGCAGACACCUGAAUGGCCCACCACGCUGCAGUGACAGUGACAGCUGUGUGCCAGGAUGUGUAUGUGAUGACGGCUUUGUGCCGAAAGAGCAGCGUUGUGUCCCAAUCCAAGAGUGUGGCUGCGUGGACAGUAGUGGCAACAAACAUCAUUUCGAUGACAGGUGGUACACCGAUCACUGCAGUCAGAAAUGUGAAUGUGAGAAAGACGAUGGCAUAGGGAAGAUUGACUGUGAUGACGAAGACGAAUGUGAUGGAAACGCAAUCUGCCUUCAAAACGACGAGGGCGAAUACUACUGCAGAUCUACAGGCUUCAGUGAAUGCACUAUAAAUGGAGACCCCGAGUACAGAACCUUUGAUAAACUGAAGUAUGACUUUGAGGGCGAGCACUCGUAUGUGCUGGUCCGGACCAAGAACUUGCCAAAGGACAUUCCAGGCGUCUACAUCAUUGGCAUCAAUAAACGCAUAGUAGAUGAUGGCGAUGAUAGUGAGCAUCACGAUGACAGUAGCAGUGAAGAAAACCACAGUCGCAGAGUCAGGGAUGAACAGGAUGAAGAUGAUGGCAGCGAUGAAGACGAUGCUGACAAUGACAGCAGUGAAAGCAAAGAUCAUGAUGAUAGCGAGGAAGAUAAGGAACAUCACAGAUUACAAGAGCUUAAGAUCGUAGUGUACAAUCACACCGUGGAGUUAAGGAAGAAUCAAGAGCUGGUUGUGGAUGGAAAGAAAACCAAAAUGCCUGUCUCCCCGACCGCUGGUUUAAAAAUCCGGCAGCAUUCAUCUCGCAUCUACCUGAAGACAGACUUUGGCCUCUCAGUGGAGUUUAAUGGACGCAGCUCAGCAGAGAUCAUUCUCCCACACAUAUACAAACGGAAAGUAGGAGGUCUGUGUGGGAACUUUGACAGUCAUAGGAGGAAUGACUGGAUGAAGCCGGACGGCACCGUGGCCAGGAGUGUUCGAGAGUUCGGAGAGAGCUGGAGAGUGUAAACAUUCUCUCCAGGUUGAUAAUAUCUGUAACCUUAGAAGAUAAGAAUAAACACUUUCCUACAGCGUCUGCUUUUAUUAACAUUUGCAUUGUUCCAAGAAUCUGAUGUCAAGCCUAUGUUCUUUUACUACUAUUUUUAAAAUGUUUUUCAUCACACUUUCAAGAAAUCAGUGACAACAUAUCAUACGUUGCUGUUUCUGUCACGGUAGAGUAUAACAGGUAUUCAAAGGUGAGGCUCUUACAGCUGUGUAGAUCUUUCAGUAAUGGCCCCUGAACAAAGAACAAAUGGUACAAUGCAGUGUUUGAAUGAUGAGAAUGUAUGCCUACACAUGGAAGCAUUGUAUGUGCAAUAAAUGAUUAUAGAGAA